AGACAACUCCUCCAUUCCUCGGUGCGCACAGGGCAGGAUGGGAUGCUCCACCAGUUCGCAAACUUCAGCGGUAGACACGACUCGACCCAGCGCCAAGCCCGAGGAGAGCAACGGAGCCAGCACCACAGGGGCGGCCGGGGAGAAUGGAAAAGUAGCCGAGGACAGUGAGACCCUCCCAGACGAAACACCAGCUGAGGGCGGCGAUGCUAAACCAGAGAGUGAAGCUGCUGCAGCCGCUGCAUCUACAGAAAGCCCCCCAGCUGGGGAGGAGUCUCCGCCUUCAGCGGACACCAACCCGGCGGAGGAUGCUGCACCGGCAGGGGAUGCUGCACCGGCGGAGGAUGCUGCACCGGCGGAGGAUGCUGCACCGGCGGAGGAUGCUGCACCGGCGGAGGAUGUUGCACCGGCAGGAGAUGCUGCACCUGCGGGAGAUGCUGCACCGGCGGGAGAUGCUGCACCGGCAGAAGAUGCUGCACCUGCUGCACCGGAAGGGGAUGCUGCACCGGCGGAGGCAGCAGCCGAAGCUGCAGAAGGUGCACCACCUGCAGAGAGCUCUGCUGAAGCAGCACCGAGCUCCUCAGAAGCUGCGGCUCCAGAGCAAGAGGCCACAGCAGACGAUGCAGAGUCCAAACCAGAGGAGGCACCUGCAGCCAGCGAGUGAAGCGUGACGAGCUUGACCACAGGCUGGAAGAGUCGCUCCCCAUCUGUAUGCAUGAG